UGAGAAUAUCCAUAAAGACCUUGGUAUUUCUAUGGUAAGGAAAGAAGUAGAAGACAGCAGAAUUAAAUAUAUAUGUAAACUCCGUGAUCACCCAAACCCUUUGGCUAAUGCUUUGGUACAUUCCUGCAAUCAAACACGCCUUAAAAGAAGAGAUAUGCCCGCGUACUGAGGAGCAAUGUAUCACCAAAACACCUCAAUCAUUUGUUUGAGCGUGUCUAGUUUUUAAAUAGGUUUAAGAUUUUAUUACUUAUUGUUAGGCUUUCAAAACAAAAAGCAGAUUCAAUAAAUAAAAAAGAUAUUGAAAAAAAAAAAAAAAAAAAACCUAAUGCAGCUUUCAACAAUUAGCAUUCCUCGUUACGUGAACGUACAGUCGAGUGCCAUCUGCCAAAUACAUGGCUUCUCCGACGCUUCAAUAAGAGCGUACGGAUGCUGCAUAUAUAUACGAAGCCAAACUGCUAGUGGUAUUAAAUGUAUGCUGCUUACUGCAAAGUCUAGAGUGGCUCCGCUGAAGACCAAAUCUCUUCCACGUCUUGAGCUCUCGGCAGCACAUCUUCUUUCUAAAUUAUGGUCAAGAGUUGCGCCUAUGUUGAAUCGACAUUUCGAAAAAAUUACAUUCUGGACAGACUCCGAAAUUGUUUUACAUUGGAUAAAAACACAUCCUUCCUCAUUACAAACAUUCGUCGCAAAUAGAGUGUCCGAAAUCCAAGAGUUGACCGACAAAGUGCAUUGGCGGCAUGUGCCAACAAAACAAAAUCCUGCGGAUCAAGUGUCUCGGGGUUGUAACGUGGACGAAUUAAAUAAUUCAAUAUGGUUUGGCGGUCCACAGUUCCUCCUAGAAGACCCUGCAUUAUGGCCAAUUAACACCCACUUCCAGCUCUCACCAGAAGACGAAGCAUUAGAGAAGAAGAAAAAUGCAUUUACAUUAAUUUCGACCACUGAGAAAAAUCCAAUAUUGGACCUCAUUGAAAAAUUCUCUUCUCAUAGAAAAUUGCUUCGUGUGGUCGCAUAUUUACUACGAUGGAUCAGACGACCAAAAAUGCCUACGGAGGGUAGGGAUCUGACAUCUAACGAAUUGCACUUGAGUUUUUUGAAAAUUGUUCAAGUGAUUCAACAUUCGGAAUUUGCAAAUGAAAUCCAAAAACUGACUAAGGGCACCACGCUACCGGCAACCUUGCAAAAACUAAAUCCGUUCUUGCAUGAGUACUCGGAUAUGUCGCUUUCGUUCAAAUUAAUCCGAGUAGGAGGUCGCCUUUUAAAUGCACCUCUCCCAUACGAUGCCAAAUUUCCACUAUUGCUAUAUAGAAAUUCGCACUUCGUUUCGACUUACUUACGGUUCCUGCACUUUCGGAAUCACUAUGCUGGAGCAAAAGCGCUGGUUGCGCUUCUUCGAGAACGCAUAUGGCUGAUUAAUGCAAGAGAAGCAUGCAGUAGAACCGUAAGAAACUGCACACACUGCUUUCAUUACAAGCCGAAGCUGCAAACCCAAAUAAUGGGAAACUUGCCAUCAGAAAGGCUUCGAGCGCUACGACCCUUCCUUAUAUGUGGCGUAGAUUUUUGUGGUCCAAUAUAUACAACAUUAAAAAUACGUGGUCGACCACCCGUGAAAACUUAUAUUGCUGUUUUUGUGUGCUUUACUUCGAAAGCAGUACACUUAGAAUUAGUUUCUGACUUAUCGACUAAUACAUUCAUUUUCGCCCUCAAAAGGUUCAUUGGUCGCCGAGGGAUUCCGCAGAAAAUAUACAGCGACAAUGCAACCAACUUCGUCGGCGCCGACCGCAAGCUGCGCGAGCUGAAAGAGGCAUUUCUAGCUCAGUCAACGGAAGUGAAGGAAUUCGCCGCAGAAGAAGGAUUCAGCUUCACCUUUAUACCACCCAGGGCGCCGCACUUCGGCGGAUUAUGGGAGGCCGCGGUGAAAUCCGCCAAACACCUGGUAGUUCGCGCACUCGGCAACGCUCUUCUCACCGCAGAAGAGCUGUCAACAGUACUAGCCGAAGUGGAAGCCAUUCUCAACUCGCGUCCACUAGCACCGUUGAGCCAAGACCCCAACGAUGGAGAAGCUCUAACGCCAGCACACCUGCUGAUCGGUUGCCCUCUACGAGCACUGCCACCAGCACAAGUGCCAACGGACAUAAUUCGUUGUUGCGAGAGAUGGCAACUUGUUUGCUAUCUCAAGCAACAGUUUUGGCAGCAGUGAUCCAAAACGUAUCUCACGAGCCUUCAAGAGCGGAACAAAUGGUUACAUCCGGAGCGGAAUCUGCAGGCCGGCGACCUCGUCCUCGUACACGAAGACAACACACCACCGCAGCAGUGGGUACUAGGACGAGUCGCCGCAACCGUAGAAGGGCAAGACGGCAAGGUGCGAGUGGCAGACGUGGCAACGAAAGCAGGCACAAUCAAGCGGCCAAUUCAUAAGCUCGCCCUGCUACCCAUCAACGUUGAAGGAUCAUGAUCCUGUCAAGGCGGCCGGUGUUGCGUCAAGACAUCCUUUAAACAUAUAUACUAUUUUUAAACAUAAUACUAAACGAAUGUUUAUGAAUUAAUUUUAUAUUAAAUAUUUAAAUUAAAAUGUUAAAGUUUAUUUUAUAUUAUAUUAUACUCACCCUAAUAAUACUGUUUAUAUACUCACCAUAAUUUUCUACCAUAAUGUAACGAAUUGAAUUCUACUUACCCCUUUUUUAUAAAUACAUAUUUACGCGUCCCGUUAGUUUAAGCCGUUAGGUUAAGGUUUAGGCUAAGUCAUAAAAUUCAUGAAAUAAAGAAUUCAAUUGUGUAAGAAGAACAUUCGCGAGCGGUCGCAAUUUUUAUUUUUCUCGGCACAGGCAAUUUCAUAAGUAUACUCGGUUCACGCAUUCCCAAUUAAUCAGUUUUCUCAAAAAAGCUUGAGAUUUUUCAGUGUUGAAAGCUACUUUCAAGAACCAUUGGAAUCGUCAACUGGUUUAGGUAUUUUGUUGGCAAAUAAAUUAGAUCCAAAAUUGUUUAAAAUCGAAAAAGAUGAUAUAGUUUAUAAAUAUUUUUCUAUUCCACAUGAGGGCAAGUUUCUUCUUAUACCAUUUUUACAUCAUCUAUUUCAUGAGUUUUCAAAUAAGUACUAUUUAAAGUAAUUGUGGUAUUUUCCGAAUGUAUUUUAUUUCAUGAUAUGAAUUAUUUAAAAGAAUUUUGAUACUGCCAUUUUUUUAUUUUACGAACAGAUGGAUUCACCAGCGCUCUUUGAUGCAAUUGAUUUUGAAGAAUUCCCAACAACGCCUUCGAUUCCUGUAAAAGCGAAGAAAUGGCCCAACAAAAAACUGUGCGCGAUUGUAAGGUUUUAAUUAGAAAAAUUCACCAUUCAGUAUGCCGACUGCUGAAGAAAUAGAUAGUAUGCAAACCGAAGUUGCCUCCACGCUACCAAUAACAACGAUAGCUGCAGCAUUGGAAAUGGACGAGAAACUGAAAUGCGAGGAAUUUGCUACUGCAACGAAACAGUUUAUUUUAAAAACAAAGGGAAAUUCAGAUAAUUUACAUGAUGUGCUGAGACAUUUAUAUACUGACGAAUUUUUGUUUUUGUGUAACUGGGACGGUAGAGGAGAGAAACAACCCCUAUCGAAAUUUUUACUGGCAUCUAACAUAUUAUAUGAUUCUUUCGUUACUUGUGGACUGGGGAAUUUCGAAAAACAAAUUCGGAAGUCCAUCGAAAUGAGCCACCAUAGGUACAAACAAAAGAAAUACAUGAAGCGAAAAGCUGUGGAGGAAUCGAACGAAUCCAAAUAGAUAAUAAUUAAAAAAAAAUGUAGUCGGAUUUAAGAAUGUAUAAACAAAAAUGAAUUUUAAUAGUGUAACUAUAAUAGCUUUAAUAUGAAUGUUUAUUUUAAAAAUCUUGUAUAUCUUACUAUGUAAUUAAAUUUUUCUUAAAAAUAUUUAUAAAAAUGAAUUUAAAGUAAUCUAAUGUAAUUAGGAAAAUAUAAUAUUAUAGAUUAUUUUUAGUUUCUUAAACUCAAAAAAUUAUAAUAUAAAAACUAUUAAUGAAAUUAAUGUAAACAUUUUAAUUUAAAAAAAAAUAUUUCGCGUUUCGAACUGUAGACUGAGGGAAUGGUAAGCGAGUGGUUUGCCCACUACGCUAAUAUGGAAUGCACCGCUACGCUUUCCUGAAAGCAGUUCUGUCAAUUUGUCUUAAAUUUAACGAAAGUGUGAGAAAGAAGUAUAUAGUUUUAUUACGGCAGAAAAUAUGUGAGCGAGAAGGUGAUAAAAAAUCACAUGUAUACAAAAGUUUUGGGAGCUUUUUUGAUUCACUCUUAACC